AUGAAGACAGAUUUCAAGUUCUCCAACCUUCUGGGUACGGUCUACUGCCAGGGGAACCUGCUCUUCUCCCCCGAAGGAGACAAACUAUUUUCACCCGUCGGCAACAGGGUCACUGUUUUCAACCUUGUAGACAACAAGUCUCACACUCUCCCGUUUGCCCAUCGAAAGAAUAUCUCACGCAUUGGUCUUACACCGCGGGGUAAUCUCCUGCUUUCGGUCGACGAAGAUGGCCAUGCCAUCCUUACCAACGUACCCCGUCGGAUCGCCCUUUACCACUUCUCUUUCCGAGCGCAUAUUACUGCGCUUUCGUUCUCGCCGUCUGGGCGUCACUUCGCCGUAGGACUGGGCCGCAAGAUCGAAAUAUGGCAGGUGCCGUCAACGCCCGAUGCGAAUGCCGACGGCGAGAUGGAGUUUGCGCCUUUUGUGCGCUAUCAUACACAUACUGGCCACUUCGAUGAUGUGCGGCACAUCGAAUGGUCGGCAGACUCGCGCUUCUUCCUCACAGCCUCCAAAGAUCUAACCGCAAGGAUAUGGAGUUUGAACCCAGAGGAAGGCUUUACACCCACCGUCCUAUCAGGGCACAAACAAGGCAUCGUGGGUGCUUGGUUCUCGAAAGAUCAGGAAAAGAUAUACACCGUCAGCAAGGACGGCGCUGUUUUCGACUGGGAAUACACCACAAACCCAAAUGCGCCGCCGCCUGAGGACUCGGACGAUGAAAUGCAAGGAGGUGACGACGAGCGUUGGAGAAUCGUAAGGAGACACUACUUCAUGCAAAACAAUGCGAGUAUCACGUGCGCCUCUUUCCACCCCGAUUCCAACCUCCUGGUUGCUGGCUUCUCCAAUGGUAUCUUUGGUCUCUACGAAAUGCCCGAAUUCAACACGAUACACACUCUCAGCAUCUCGCAAAACGACAUAGACUUCGUGACGAUAAACCAGAGCGGGGAAUGGUUAGCCUUCGGUGCUUCUAAGCUAGGUCAGCUGCUCGUUUGGGAAUGGCAGUCUGAGUCCUACAUCUUAAAGCAACAAGGUCAUUUCGACUCGAUGAAUUCACUCGUCUAUUCACCUGACGGCCAGCGAAUCAUUACGACCGCAGACGAUGGCAAGAUCAAAGUAUGGGAUGUGGACUCAGGCUUCUGUAUCGUGACCUUCACCGAGCAUACGAGCGGCGUCACAGCCUGCGAAUUUGCAAAGAAAGGCAACGUGCUCUUCACUUCAAGUCUGGACGGCUCUAUCAGGGCAUGGGAUCUAAUCAGGUACCGCAACUUCAGAACUUUUACGGCGCCAACGAGGCUCUCUUUCUCCUGUAUGGCAGUUGACCCCAGCGGCGAAAUCGUUGCCGCUGGCUCUCUCGACUCCUUCGAUAUUCACAUCUGGUCGGUGCAAACUGGUCAACUUCUGGAUCAACUAUCUGGGCAUGAGGGUCCAGUUUCCUCGCUUGCAUUUGCACCCAACGGGGGGCUGCUUUUCAGUGGUAGCUGGGAUCGUACCGCGAGAAUAUGGUCGAUCUUCGACCGCACACAGACUAGCGAGCCGCUACAACUACAAGCAGACGUAUUGGACAUCGCUGUACGGCCAGAUUCCGCGCAGAUCGCGGUCUCAACGCUAGACGGUCAACUGACCUUUUGGUCGGUUUCAGAAGCGGAACAGGUUUCGGGGCUUGACGGCCGCAGAGAUGUGUCUGGUGGACGUAAAGUCUCUGACCGCCGGACCGCAGCAAAUGUGGCUGGGACGAAGAGCUUCAACACAAUUCGAUACAGUGCUGAUGGUAGCUGCCUACUGGCCGCGGGAAACAGCAAGUAUAUAUGCCUUUACUCUGUGAGCACCAUGGUGCUUCUCAAGAAGUUCACCGUUAGCGUCAACCUGGCGCUGUCCGGGACGCAGGAGUUCUUGAACAGUAAACUUCUCACCGAGGCUGGCCCGGAAGGUCUUCUCGAUGACGAAGGUGAAAACUCAGAUGGUGGAGCUGGGCAGGACAAGUCGUUGCCAGGCUCUAAACGUGGCGGUGACCCGUCUGCCAGGAAGAAACUGCCAGAUGUCAGAGUCAGCAGUGUGGGUUUCUCACCUGCUGGCACCGCCUUCUGUGCCGCAUCGACAGAGGGACUUCUUAUUUACAGUAUCGACAACGAUUUGCAAUUCGAUCCAUUCGACUUGAACAUGGAGAUCACCCCGGCAUCGACUCUGGCUGUACUCCAGGGCGAAAAAGACUACCUCAAGGCUCUAGUCAUGACAUUCCGGUUGAAUGAAGCAGGCUUGAUAAAGCGAGUCUUCCAGGCCAUCCCAUAUACAGAAAUCCCGUUGGUAGUAGAACACUUCCCAACCGUCUACGUAUCACGACUGUUACGUUUUGUGGCAGCACAAACCGAAGACUCGCCUCAUAUAGAGUUUUGUCUGCUUUGGAUCAAGAACUUGAUGGACAAACAUGGAAAGUGGCUCACUGCGAACCGCAGCAAGGUUGAUAUUGAGUUGCGGAUUGUUGCAAGAGCCAUCACCAAAAUGAGGGACGACAUACGGAAGUUGGCUGAUGAGAAUAUUUACAUGGUGGACUAUUUACUCGGUCAAGCCGAGACCAAGGACGACACCACGAGAGGCCAAGGAAUUCUUGACGACGGGAGCGAUACCCCGGUGAAGCUCUUGACAUCUGGUAGAGAUGACACACCGGCAGACAUUCUCCAGGAUGAGGAGCAAGUUUCAGAGGGCGAGUGGAUAGGACUGGAUUGA